CCCAAAUGCAACGCGUGGAAAAAACGCGUGGGCCGCGUUGUCCGAACCAGUGUCCGAACACACUCGCCGGACAUCCCCGUUUCUCACACUUGCGAGACCCGGGAAGUUUUAUCGCUUGCAACAUUGCAAAAGGCUUUGCUUGUGUGAUGGCCGAAAUUUUGGUGUAGGAUUUCUACCAUCGUCCCCUCGCCAGACCGCCCCGAUCAUCGCUUCCUUUCGCAUUUGUGGGCAACAUAGUCAAGUGUCCGCUAUGGACAGAACUCGGGGCUCGCCAACGGCAGGUCAGGGUGAUGCGACACUGCGCCAGCAGCUCGAAGAGGCUUUGCGCCAGUUGAGGGAAAGAGAUGAACAUAUCGAACAAAAGGACAAUGACCUGGUCAUGGCAGCGGAGCUGGGUUCGUCUCUAUUGGAGGACAACGAGCGCCUGAAAGCAGAUUGCACGCGCUUGGCUGCCGAAUUGGAAGAGCUGGCCGCCGCGCAACGGGGAAUGUCGCUGAAUCACCACCCACCGCCAACGCCCAGCCAGCACUUUGUAAGGCACCCACAUCAACAAUCAGGAAAUUUUACUCCAUCACCAACCGGGGUAGCGAUCUUGGACGCAAAGAGACGGGCGGAAGAGGCGGAGAGUAGUGCCAUCUCUCGAAUUGGAGAGCUGGAGGCGACAAUCAGUGAGUUGCAAGCCCAACUGGAGCGGUUACGGCAGGAUGUGCGACAUUCCCAGGAGGCGGAGCGGGCUGCAGAGCGCAAAGCAGCACUCGCAGAGACAGAGCUGGCAGUCGCUACCCGUGAGCUCAAUGGCGCGUUGACGAAAUGUCAGGAGAUCGAUGAAGAUCGCCGAAAGGUCUUGAAGGAGAAGACAGAGAUUAUGAAGAAACUGAAAGAAGCCGCUGACCGCGAGAAAGACCUGGAAGAGCUUGCUGAGUUGAGACAUCAUAAUCGCGCUCUGGAAGACGCUGUUGUGCAAAUCACACAAGCGCGGGCAGAGAUGGAAAGCGAGGUUGCUGCAGCGACGCACGAAACAGACGCAUUGGCCCGGAAGUGCGAAGAGCUGGAAGCCAUGAUUGAGGACUACCGCACGGACAGCGAAAGACAUCUCGCUCGAAACGAUGAGCUGGUGUGGGAACUAGAGUCGGAGCGCGACCGGCUAAGCAAACUCGAAGCUCGUCUCGCGAUCCUCGAACCAAAGAAGGAAGGCGGCGUGGAGGAUGAAGGCGAUCGAACACUGUUCAGCGAGGUCGAGGACCGUAGACAGGCUUUGGAGGACCGGCAUGUCAAUCUGACGCAGAAACAUGCGGGCCUCGUCAAGGCGCACUCGAUGACCGUCCAUCAGCAGGAGCGCAUGCGGAAUCAUAUUUCGCGUCUCACUCAGCUCACGAACGCACGUGAAGGUGAAUUGAGAAUAUCAUUGCUGGAAGAAGCAUUGGGACAGGCUGAGAGCGAGAAGCAGGAACUUCAAGUCAAGAUCGCUCUGCUGGAGAAAAGCAGGAGUGAUUAUGCCGGUCUGGACAAUCGAGGCGGCAUGAUCGGGGCACGAAACGCCCCGCAGGGAACACAGGUUGACAACGAGAUCGAGCUCGAAUGCCUACGUCUACGCGUGGGACAGCUCGCAGCAGAGCAGGAGGAAACCACUAGGGAGCUGCGGACAUUGCGUUUGCUCAAAUCGUACGAAACGGAAAAGCUACGCAGCGCGGAGGCGCUUCUCCGUGAGCGGGAGGAAGAGCUUGUGCGGUUGAAAUCCUCCAACUCGCAGAUCAAAUUCGACUUGGACGAGGCAAAGGCGUGGAUGAAGCGAUUUCGCGCGUUAGGGCCAGACGCGGCUGCGGCUUCGAGACGGGAGUCGACUGGGAGCAGCGGAGUCGCUGUGACGGAGGAGACGAGAACAGUCCUCGUCCAAUCGCAGUCUGGACAUCCCAAACCGGUGUCAAGUACGGCCCCAGUCGAAGCGUCGAACCCACGCAUCACACCAUCACAGCUUCCCUCUCGGGUGACCAAGUCGAAAGCGGCUACCAACGAAAAUGUGACUCCAGACGCGGGCCAUGCCCGAAUGGACUCAAAACCGGCUCCAGACAGCUAUGCAUCUAUUUCCGACAUAACCGUUCUCGCCGAUUCCACCAACACACCGGCCACUUCCUUAGCAACGGAAGACUCUAAUAAGCAUCGCGCAGCUCAGAAGGCUCGAAUAGCUAGCAGAGCAUCGAGUGGACAAGGGGAAGCGAGGGGACCUGCUCAUGUGUAUGCAGGACGAAUACAGACUAAUCCCGCCGGUGAAUGUAAUCAACAAUAAUACAUAUGAUCGCCCGUUGGUGAUUUUUACAUGUCC